AUGACGCUUUUCAAUCCCACUUCGAUCCUUGUGGGAUUCCUCCUGCUGUACCUCUCGUCCUUUUUCAUAUUCGCUAUCGUCCGGAUCGCGACGGGUAUCUCCAUUCAACGGAUCGGCUACUUCUCGCUGCGCCGAAUCGCAUACACCCCGAAGGAAGGGCUCCAUAUCGAAAUUCGCGGACUCGGCUUCUCGUUACACCCCCCCGUCGUUACCGUGGACUCGACCACGCUGGGGAAGGGAAAACGCGAAGCGUCGCCAGGAAUAUUGGACUCGCCGGAUCCUUCUAGCCCCUCCGAAGAACCGCCCGCGCCCGAGCCCGGACGAAGCAAAACAUGGAAGACCUUGACCCGGAUUAAGGAACAGCUCAAGAGGCUCCACCGUCAGAUCAAUUGGUUAGCGCUGGUGGAUGUGACUGCGGUCAAUACAGCCGUCCACUUUGUCAAUGCCGGACAGAUCCAUGUCGGAUCGCUAUCCCUUUCUGUCGACACGCGAAGCAAAAUGGUGGAACGAGGCAAGCUGUUUCGUCGCAAGAAGGACAUGUCGCAGGACCAACGACCAGCGGAGUGGAUAAUGAACGUUCAGAAUGUUCUCCUCAACGUCGACGGCCGAGAGCCAAUCGAAAUCCUGGACAACGUUGGUGUGAAUCUCCAUGGACUUCUCCAUAAGGAGCUGGACGGACUUAGAGAUGCUUCGAUAGCCCUCAAGAUCGGACGCAUGCACAUUCCAUACGACGAUAUCCGUCUCAUGUUAUCACACAUGAAGCCCAUGCAGACUGACAAGGAACAACCGAGUACCGAAGCGGACGACACAAUAUCAUUUACCGAUUUCGUGGAGGAGCUCGACAAGCCCGGGAGCAGAGACGAUGUCCUUGUCCAGACGGUGGCAGAUUCCAAAGAGUUUGCUAGUUCAUUGCUUCGGGGGAUUCAAGAGAUACAGAUCGCUCUUAGUUUCUUCCGCGUCUCACAGAGCAUUCAGUCUCUAUCAGCAGGACAAACCCCUGUGUACCUCAAUGUGGUUUCUCACGAGCUCGGCAUUGAUCUACAUCGCAUGGACCAGAAGAGCCCGGAACAUCGUAUGUAUUUCCAGCGGAACGAUGUUGCUCACCAGGCUCUACUUGCUGCCAUCUCCCUUUCGGUCAGCCUGGACGAUGAAUCGGGCGAGACGGACAAUAUCUUGUAUGUCCCUAUGGCCACGACGACCAUCAAAACCACACUGCCUUCCAAGACAGUGAGCGCAUUUGAUGACGAAAAUGCCGAAGAGCGAAACACCAACGUCCUCUUCGCCAACCUGGUCGUCACAUCGCCUUCCGUUGACCUCCUACCGCAACACGUUUCCAGGCUCAUGGCAAUGGCACACGCCAGGGCCUCUUCGCCGCGCAGCAAGAAGCGAGAUAACCAUCAACUGAUCUCACGGUUGCUUCCAAAGGCCAGUAUCAAACUGUCCGUUCACGAGCCUGUGAUCCGGUUUGUCCUUCCAAUUGAGAAGGAGUCAGGCCCUCCCGACGAAUACAACCUCCUUAUUUCCUCCAUAUCCUCUAUCUCCCUCGAUAUUGAGUCCUCUCAUUCCUCUGAAGGUGGCGCCCACUACUCCCUAUCUUCCGUUUACCGAGUUGCCUCCCACAAAUUUUAUUACCAAACCCCUGCAGGCAACAAACAUAAUUUGCUCACAAGCGAAAGCAUGGAGCUCAAGGCUCAUUUGAAUGCCACCCCGGAGGUCUGUGUCAUAGCUUCAGGAAGCUUGAACGAGUGUUCAAUUCACAUGAUCGAUGGGGAGGUCAACCGUGGAAUCCGCGAAGUUUUGCAACAGUUCAUCAUGCAGAUGCAAUCGUCUAAGCGGACACCCAUGCCAGCAAAUGAGCGGAAGCCAAGCAUUCUGAGGCGAGUCCCUCGGUGGUUGAUUCAAUUUUCAUUCGAAGCCACAGGGACUAGCGUCGAAGUCGCUGGCGUGGAUACCACCGUGUCUGACAUUUCGCGUGGUGUUUCUUUCCAACUUCAAUCAUGGACUGCAGAAUACAAGGCACAGAAAACGGAACAGAAUGUUGGCAGUAUUGCCAGACGACGUACACCGAGUCAUUCUACAAUUGGCGACGAAUCACCCUUUCGAUUCCCCCCAACCUCCCCGCCCAAGGCUACGCACAACCAGCGGGGUGCUACGGAUGGACGGCGUUUGGCCCUUCAUGCUCGUGGCUUUGAUGGCUUUGUCAUCGAGUCGGAAGAUUACCUGGAGCCUGAGCCAUUCUUCUCCUUGCCUCGAUUUGAGAUUGCGCUGAGCACAAACAGUGACCGCAUGGGCCCGGUUCUGCACGUCACAUCUGUUUUCAAGGGUAUCUACCUGCAGUACUCAUUGUAUCGGUUCUACUGCCUUGGAGUCGCCAUCUCAGUCGUGCAGGAUGUGCUUACACCAUUACCGGAAAAGUUCCCGGGAUCCCCUCACGACAAAUCUAGAAAACCUGCAAGCGUGUCUAUGCCACCUCCUCCGGCCUACAAAUGGUCGCCAAAGAAGGAGCUAGUCACCUGCGACUUGAAGGUCACUGUAAUUCAGCUCAAGGCGAACUUACCACACGAUCCUCAAAUAAUGAUUCAAGUCUAUGGACUUGCCGGUGCUUCUCAACGUCUUUCCACCCCCUAUGUGAAAGCUAGUCUUGUUCGCAUGCACGCUGAAGCGCCCAAACUCAAGGGAGUUUGGGCUCGAAUUGGAAUUAUGAAUAAUGUCCGAUUGGAUUUCCGAGCCAUGAAGAGGAAACAAGGGAAUUCCUUGGUUGAUGAAAGAUCCAUCGAUUUAUGCACAGACUUCAUCCGGAUUGGUGUCCCUCAUCACAUGGUGAUGCAUCGCAUCUUCGACAACUUGAUCAACACUUCGAAGGCUUUCAAACAACUCAGUCAUCGUUUCAAGCAUAAAUGCAGGGAAUUCGGCUCGAAACGAGAACCAGAAGGCGUGAAGAAGGUACCAAAGAUAUCCAUUCGCAGUAAAGCCCUGCUCUUUGAACUCGAGGACGAUGGAUUUGAAUGGAAGCUGGGUUGCAUCUACCGCGUUGGAAUGAUUGAGCAGGCUCAACGGCUGGCCCGGGAAGAUGCCUUCGAAUUGAAAUCCAACAAAGUCAAUCAAACUGACCAGCGACGUGCUACGUCCCGACUCCGAGCCAAGUCUAGCAAUCGAACAUUACGCAGUGAGCGCACUAGCCAAGAUACAAGGCGAAGCAGAAGUGCAGAUGAACGACCAAAGACGGGCACCAAAGAGCGCGGGAGAGGUCGCAAGUACCGUUACGAUACUGAAGGUGCGACAUGUCUUUCAUCAGAGCAGAAGAUCUCAGCAGAUGCUGCUUGGAACCGUCUUCAGCAGUACAAUGGACAGGUCUGGAAGGAAAAGAUCGAUGCGGCGCUCAAGUUCCAGGGUACAUCCAUCAAAGAAGUCAGAAACCUUUUCUGUGGUGCAGAUGAGCCCCCUGGGGACGUAAAGGAGACCGAGACUAUCCUCUCCAUCCCGAACAGACCCGGCUUGAUGUCGGCUCUGAUCAGUGAUGUCAACCUCACCAUCGACAAACCCUCAUUUGCGAUCGAUGAACUUCCCGAAUAUCUGAAUCGGAUUGGCAAGGGAAUGCCAACAACCAUGCAGUACGGGCUGCUUGUUCCAAUGAGUUUCAAUCUCGAAAUGGGCGAAGCACGAGUAAACCUCAGAGAUUACCCUCUGGAUUUGUUGCAUAUCCCGGCUCUGCGCCCAGGUCAAUCACCAAGGCUUCCCAGUUGGUCACUGCGCACAAACUUUGUCAUUGCUGAAGAAUGGCGCGAUCAUGAAUCUGCUAGACAGGUUGAAGUGGAGCUUGUUCCUGCCUCUGCGGGCCCUGAUGGUGUUGUUCGUGAACCGUUCAAGAUUCCUGUCUGGCGAUCCGUUACGCCUGUCAAGACGUAUUCCGAUCCAGUCAUUGAGAUCAACACUAGCUUGCCAACCAGCAUUUCGUGGGGCGUUUCCUACCAGCCCGUCAUUCAAGACAUGAUGAAGAUCAUCGAAGGUUUCACCAAACCUGAGAUCGACCCAUCUGAACGAGUCGGUUUCUGGGACAAGAUUCGACUCAGUUUCCACUCUCGAAUCCAAGUUCUUUGGAAGGAAGAUGGAGAUGUUCAUUUGCGUCUGAAGGGCUCUCGUGAUCCAUAUGUGGUAACUGGAUUCGGCAGCGGCUUUGUCAUGUGCUGGCGCAGGGACGUCAAAUGGGAAAUCCACACCAGUGACAAUCCCAUGGAAUUCAUGAGCGUUACUAGUGGGGAGUACGUGCUUGCCAUUCCCGACUACAGCGCCGAAGCAAGAUGGGCAAACGAGGCUACCACCGAGGAACAGGAGAACAGUUCGACCUCCAGUGAACAAAAGAAUGCUGCUCAUUUCAAGAAGGUCGUCAUGAAGCUGUCUGGCGACGUCAAAUGGGCAGCAGGACUGGUUUUCGAGCGAGAUAUCGACAAUGACGCCCGCUCCUUCUCUUUCAAGCCCCACCAUGAGGUUGUCCUUAAGAAUCCCAAAUACAUUGACCAAGCUGGGCUGGCCAACUACGAUGCUUAUCGAGGAUUCCGAAGUGACCACAUCCACCUAUCUGUUUCGAUUAUUGCGCCGCAUAGCAGAAAUUGGUCUGCUGAUAGCGUCCAGCCAUCUUCGAGUUAUAACACCGUUCACCUCACACCCCGCUUCUUUACACACUUCUUCAACUGGUGGUCUCUAUUCUCAGGUGUGAUGUCGCUUCCCGUUCGACAAGGACCCCUUUGGCCAGGUAUCACCAAGACCAGCAAAAAGUUCAAUCGUCACCUGGCCACUGUCAAAUACAAAAUUCUGCUGGCUCCGCUAUUUAUCGCCCACAUCUACAAGCACAAAGAUCGCGAAGAUUACUCGGAAGAUUCCGUUACGGCUACAGGUAUCAAGGUUCGCCUGGAUUGCUUGAAGCUUGACAUUCACCAGCGCCGUGAACAGAUCAAGACACAGGCACGAGGUCGCUCAAAACAAACCAGAACGAGUGCAAUGCGCAUCAAUCAAGCUCAAAUCGAUAUGCAGUCUGCCGACUUCCGCGCCGUCUCUGCAAGCAUUGAAGGCACAAACCCGGAGGAUGUGGAGCAAACCAAAGACGACAUCAUUUCCUCCUUCCAGCGACCUGCGGCGUCUGUUGACUUGUCUCGAUUCACAAUCCCCGAUCACAACCUGGACUGGGUUGAUAUGGAUGACUUUGUGGAGCCGGACUGGAUCCUUCCACAAGAGUCCAAUCCCCGUACCCAGAUCUUGCCCCUUGCCUUCACGCCGCGCUUUACCUAUUUCCGCAACACAGACCAUUGUGAUGUGGGUCCCGACGAAACAGGGUACAGCAGCUUUGGCGACGAGCCGACUCACGAAUGUGUCAUGUCUGAGACGAACGAUCCCCGCCGUGUUCAGAUUGAACUGGUCAAGGAUCGUCUUGCAACAGUUGAGGCUCAGAUUCGCAAUUACAACCGCACGCUCGGAGAGCAAGAACUCAAGCUCACGCGAGAGAUCGACCCCGAAGCUCAGCUAAAAGCCGAACAUGAGGUUUUCCUUCGACAGUCCGAGUCACUGACGAGACGACAAAAGUUCUUGACCUCGACCCUCCAACGCCUCGAGAGACACAUCAAUCGGGAUGAGCGGACGGGAUACGGCAACUCACUUGGAAACAAUGCGGCACCCAGUACUGCAUCUAUCCGAACCGGCCGAACCGGUCGGGAUGCCGACUCCACGACCGAUGGCCGAUCCUCGGGUCUUGGCGGCAUUUAUUCCUCCGCCAACGAUGAGUUUGAGAGUGAUUUCAACAAUCGUUUCAUGAUUCACAAUGUACAACUCAAGUGGAACAACUCGCUCCGAAACAUCAUCUUGCGAUACAGCCACCAAGUCAGCCAGCGGCGUGGAUUUGUAUACUACAUGUCUCGCCGAGCUGUCAAGUUCAUUCUUGAUAUCGUCGAAGAACAAGACAAGAAUCAACGCAAGCAUCCUAAGAUGUCCAAGACACAAACUCACACUUCCAACAAUGAAGACGGUGAGGAUGUUGAGGAUCGCAUCGAGCAACUGCUGAAUGAUGCCAAACGCUAUGUCAAUGUUGAAGAGAAUGACCCACCCGACUCGAAUACUCAAUCGCCUACUUCUUCUUCGGACGACUCGAGCGAGAACAUUGCGCCAGAAUUCACACCCCAGAACAGCUACCACCUGCGCCUCAUUGCUCCCCAGAUUCAACUUCUCAGCGAAAAGAAUCGGAAGUCGGUGUUGCUUGUUGCUGCCAAAGGUAUGGAACUCAAGGUGGUUUCUAUCAUGGAUAAGGCCCGUGUCGCAGAUGAUGUGAGUGGCCUGGUGCAACGCCGCUUCUCUCUUGAGAUGGACGGUGCUCAAUUCUUCGUCGCGACACAGAAGAAUCUGAUGGCCAACUUGCAAUUCUAUGCUGGCAACAAAUACGGCAAUGCGCCAGGAUCAGCUUGGCCUCCGUGGUUGACCUUGGAAGCCAUGUUCGAUUUCGAACUCAAUCCUUUCGGCUUCUCUCGCAUUAUCCAGAAAACUUCUGCCAGUCUUCGUUACGACAAGUACAACAACCUCCGUCUCAAAUACAACGAGGAAGUGGCCAAGGGCCAAGGGCCACACCCCGAAGACCAAGAGGACCGUAUGGACUCGAUCAGUGUCGACUUCCCCCAUUUCCGCGCAAUCUGCGACUCUGCGGAGUACUAUUCUAUGUACAUCAUUGUGCUUGAUUUGAUGCUCUACAGUGAACCUCUCGAGAAGGUUCGCAAUGAGCGCUUGGAGAGGAUUAUGCUCACUUCCGACUUCAGUGAUUUGCGUGGCGCCCCUGAGAUGGUGUUCAAGCUUCAAGCCCGAAUCCGCCAACUGGAAGAGAUCAAGGAGUACUUCCAGAUCAAUGCGAAGUACCUCGACAAACAAGGCUGGGAAGACCGGCUGGCCCUCGAGCGCGACCUGUCUCAAUGUGAAGACGAAUUGUUCUUCAUGAUGAAGGCCAUCACCACUUCCCAAAGAAGAAUGGAGCCUAGCUCGUCAAGGGCUGAUGGUGUCAAUGGUGUGCUUCGCUGGAGCAUCUCGGCCAGCGAGGUCGUGUGGCAUUUGAUGAAGGAUGCCAAUGAGCCUUUGAUUGAGUUCCAAUUACGCAAUGCUUCAUAUGAAAGAACCGACAACACUGACGGUUCCAACCACAACUUGGUAUCAGUGGAGCGACUUUUCGGACUGAACUUGCUUCCAGAUGCCAUCUACCCCCAGAUUAUUGCGCCAUACCUCGAUGGGGCACGCACUCUUGAUGACUUCAUGCUGCGCAUCAAAUGGCACAUGCUAGAGGCUGUCGCUGGAAUUCCUGUGCUCGACAAUUUCGAAAUCUCCUUGUUCCCACUCAAGAUUCAGCUCGAACGCGAGCUUGGCCAGAGAGUCUUUGAGUACAUUUUCCCGAAUGUGGGAUCUAACGCGUUCGAGGCUGGUGGCUUCUCGCCUUUCAUGAUAAAGAACAUGAAACCCCUCGACGAAUCAGAUGACGAAGACGAGGAUUAUGAUUCCAGCAGCAGGCCUUUGACACGCUCGACAAGCAUUGAUGGCGACAGCUCUUCCAUGGACAGCUUGGCUAUAUCCAAGGGUCCGGGAUCCAUCGAAUUGCGACUUCAGCCUACACUCUCGCUUGUAGACGAUGCCAACAAGUCCAGUAGUCGCUCGUCACACCUGAAGGGCCUCGCAAUGACGCCUAUCCACCAGGACAACAACAGACUUGGUGUAUCGGAGACCGCACGGCAAACAGGCCGACCCGCUACGACAGGGGGCCUCAGCAAGAAGAAGUCCGCCGACAGUAUCCGCAUGUUGACGAAGCAGCCCACGGAACGAUCACUCUCCAGCCAUAGUGCGGGCGAGGAAAGUCGCAAGAAGUUUGGCAUGGGCAAGGGGUCUAAUAAGGGCGGCAAAUCCAAGGAGCCUACAGACGACUUGUCUCAAAUGAUCUCCCGCGCCUCCAACUACAUGACCUUGGCCCAUGUCAAGGUGAACGAUGUGGUCCUUUGUAUGAGCUACAAAGGCAAAGGAGAACACAAUCUCGAGGAUCUGCACGACUUUGUGUUCCGUCUUCCAGUCCUCGAGUACGGUAACAAGACAUGGUCCAAUCUGGAUCUUGCUCUGCGUCUCAAGAAGGAUGUGAUCAAGGCCCUGAUUUCGCAUGCCCCUGCCAUUCUUGGCAACAAGUUCUCCCAUCACCGACCUUCCAAGCAACAACAAAAGCGUUAUCGCGAGCUUGCGUCCUCAUCUCAACUUCUGCCCAGUGCGUCGAGCACGCUAAACCCAAGCAAAAGUCAACCCCAGAGCCUGGCCAGCUACGAUUCCAACAGCGAUUAUUCCGAGUCCCGCUCUCGCAAGUCUAUGCAGUCCAAUACUUCGCCCUUGGCUCGAUCAACCUCGUUGAUCUCAGAUCCCACUAUACAUGACUCUCGGUCCGCCAAUGAAGUAGACGUGGAUUCUCGUUGGGAGGCAUCGCGUCGAUUCGUCAAUCCACCUCCACCCGAGAGGCCAGUGACGUCUGGUAAUAUUAGAACCACGAAUGAAUCCGGCAGGGGUGAUCAUGACGAGAGCCACAUCAAAACAAUCCGCAGCAUCGGCCGAAAGCUCACAUUCCGCAAAUGA